AUGCUGUGGGAAUCGUAUUCUGUUAGUGAAUUUCGUCUUCACAGCCAAAACAUUUCCACAAGUUAUCUUGCAAGUGUAUGGAUAUCUUUUAUGCUUUGGCGUGAUAUACAAGUUCUUGAUAUUGCAAUUGGACUGGGAGAGAAUGAAAAUAGUGCAGUCUUGCCUAGUGAAAUAUUUUGGUGCAAAACGCUUGUGGUUUUGAAAUUGUGUGGCGGAGCUCUUGUCAAAUUUCCAAAUAUUUUUUGUUUGCCCAAGCUCAAAGUUUUGCAUAUAGAAUUGUUGAAAGUAGGGGGCAGUGAUACAAGUUUGAGAGACGGGCAAGGCCGUGUAGUUGAUCCUGAGGAUGCCUGGACUAAUGCAGUGCGGCCACGUAUAUAUAAAGUUGGAUCUGUUGAAAUUUCAAUUCCUUCCCUAGAAAAGUUAAUCUGGCGCCCGUUUUGGGGUAUGGACAAGGUUGUUCUUAAUACCCCCAAUCUUCAGGUUCUCGAGUACGAUGAUUCUUAUAGUAAAGUACAGUCAACAUGUGGGUUCAAGUCUCUGUUAUUUAGUUUUAUUAGUAAAAUGUGCAAUGUUAAGUUUCUUCGUCUAUCAGGCGCUUCUUUAGAGGUUCUCUUUCGAUCUCCUCAUUCGUUGCCUGAAUUUCAUAAUUUGAGACGUAUGGAGCUUAAAGCAAGCCGUGAUUACCAGUGGCAACUUUUAGAAAUUCUGCUGCAUUGUGCUCCCAACCUGGAAGUGCUGAUUUGUGACUUGACAGCACUGGAUUAUGGUGCUCAAGAGAAGCCUGUGUGUUUUGCUAAACACCUUAGGGAAAUUGAGAUAAGAAAUUUUUCUGGGCAUAAGUUGGAGUUUGAAUUAGUAGGGUAUCUUCUGCAGCAGGCAGCUGUGCUUGAUGUUAUGUCUAUGUCUCCUUUAGAGCAUGGAAUGUCCAAGGGAUGGCCACCAAAGAAGCUAUUGAAGUGCUCAAAGAACUGCAAUAUUGUGUUUAAAGGAAAAACCAGCCUUGCAAAUAAAUGGAUAAACCCAUUCCAUUGCUUUCUGCAAUCUUUAAUUUGCUGA